AAGUCAGGGGCUCAUGUGUCAACAUCCAGGGUUUCCCCGGGGAGGAAUAGCAUUAGCGUUAUUCCAAAUAAAGAAAAGCAAAACAAAACUCAAAAACGCCUGAUGUUGCUUUGAAGAACCUUUUAUUUUUGUUAACAAAUUACUCCUCGGAAGUAUCGGGGUUUUUUUCUACUUCAAAGACUAGAAGGCGACCUAAGGCUCCUGCUGCUUUGACGUUAGCUAACGUUAUUUUAAAGGAUGACAGAGUACAAAGUGCGAAUAGCGUCUCCAGUCAUUUAAUAACAUCUGGGGAAACGUUAGCUUAGCCAGCUAGCCUGGUAGUUCGAUUAGACAGAGGAAAGGCGGCGAAACACACUGCUGACAUGAUGUUUCCUCAAUCGAGGCACUCGGCAUCCUCUCAGUCCAGCCAACCUCUCAAGUUCACCACCUCUGAUUCCUGUGACCGCAUCAAAGAUGAGUUCCAGUUCCUCCAAGCACAGUACCACAGUUUGAAGCUGGAGUGCGAUAAGCUGGCUUCUGAAAAGUCAGAGAUGCAGCGUCACUAUAUCAUGUACUAUGAAAUGUCCUACGGGCUGAACAUUGAAAUGCACAAACAGGCUGAAAUAGUGAAGAGACUAAAUGGGAUCUGUGCUCAGGUGCUGCCUUACCUGUCACAGGAGCAUCAACAACAAGUCAUGGGCGCUAUUGAAAGAGCCAAGCAGGUCACACCUCCUGAGAUGAACUCCAUCAUACGUCAACAGCUUCAGGUGCAACACCUGUCCCAGCUUCAGGGCCUGGCUUUGCCAGUAGCCCCGCUUCCCCUGGGCCUCACCCCACCCACUCUGCCCGCCGUCUCCUCCAGCUCCGGCCUGCUGUCCCUCUCCUCCAUCCUGGCCAACUACUCCCACGGCCAGCCCCCGGUAGCGAAGGAGGACAAGGCCAGAGAUGUCGCAGAGAGAGCACCUAGAGGGGACGAUGGAGACAAGUCAGACUAGUGCAGAAAGAGCGAGGAGGUUUGGAGAGGAAUGGUAUGGGGUGUAAUAAAUGUCACAAAAAAAGGAAAGGGUGUCUGGAGGCCUGUCUACUGAGUGUCAAUGUAGAAGAGUAAUUGCAAGGAUGAUUAGCAAAAGGACCGAGCUCAAACUUUUGUAAGUGCUGAAGAUGAAACUCCUGAAUGGCUGAGAGUAAAUGUUCUUAUUAUUUAGUGGUAAUAGACUUGGUUCAGGCUUCUAGACUUUAAUAGAUGUGUGGGGUUUUUAAAAAAAAAAAUUUGUUCAAGCCGCAGUUGUUAGGCUUAAUCAAGAUAAAUGUUUUCCCAUUUGGAGAGAGAGCUAAGAAAGAAACACAAUAGCAGUACCCUGGUAGAUAACCGUCAGAUUUAUUUUCUCUUCCAUCUUUUUGUUAUCAGAUCUGUUUAGUGUUUAUUUCCAUGUCCUCUGUAGUCCCUCUGAUUGAGUCUCAAUGCAGUCUGCCAGUCAUAAAAAGCAGUUUUAACAACUCCACUCCCCACAUACUGCUUCACUGUUGCUCACGACUUGCUAAAAUGAAAUCAUCUUUUUCCAAAACGUUAACUGGAGCAGUUUUGUCAGUAAUUCCAUUAAUUUACUCUGUUAAGUGUUAUGUUCUUCAUUAUUCCCAACCGUUGGAUGCAUUACCAGAGCUGUGUGCAUUAGUCCCACAUAAAUCAAGUUUUUUUUCUUAAUUUCAGAAAUAUCUUUAGUUUGUACAAAUGGUAAAGUAGCCAGCUUGGAAGUUAAUAUGUGGUAGGUAGGCCUAGCUGCUCCUGUGAGCUCCACAUGGGAUGUGGACCAUUGACAUAAGAUCAUGGACCCCGCGUCUUUAAAUGAUAAGAAUAGAUGCUCUGAAAAACCCCCCAACUCAUCUUGUUUUUGUAAACUGAGGCAGGUUCUUAUAAAACCAUAAAGAUUCCUGUGUGUUAGAGUGAAUGUGAUUGGAAAGAAGAAAACGCUUUAACUUUACUUUUAAGCACCUUUUGUGUCCCCCCCCCCCUUGUUCCUGUCCUUUCCCCCUGCAGGUCCACAAAAUUGAUCCCAAAAUAGGAUCUAAAUGUUAAAACAGUGUGGUUUUGACAUAUAGCCAAGCGUUGUGUUUUUAUAGGUUAGCAGAGCUUUUUAGUUUUAGCUGAGAUUGCGUUAAGUACCACCUUUCUUUUUAUCUGUGACUACACGAACCUGACAUUCUCAGCAUUUUGAAACACGAGCUGUAUUCCAACCACAUACUUACUGUCUUCAUUAUACAUUAUGGGUAGCAAGCUUUUCAUGUAGGUAAUGUGCAAAAAAAUUAAAUAUGCUGUUUUUGUAUUAAUGAGAGUGACUUCUUUUAGCUUUGUUACCAUCAUGGAGAUGUGGCGAGAUUUUGUUUUCGGCUUUUUCUACCUGUGAUCAGCUCCCACGUAUAAUUUCUUGUUGUUGGACAGUCAUUUCCUCCCAGUUUUGUUUGAAUUCUGACAAAUGUGAUUAUUGAACAGAGCUGUAAUUCACUUUCAUUAAUAUUAAUAUUAAUAAUAAUAAAGAUAAGUUGAGCAGUAUAGCUUUAAAUAGCUUUAUCAUCUGUAAUAUAAAUAAGGAUGUUAUGUACAAAUAGCAAUUAACCGUUUGACUCAUUCAUUAAUAUAGAUUAUUAAGAUAUCAAAGAAGCAUGAUUAAAAUGAAUUGGAUCUGCAGUGUUAAAGAGCAGCAGUUCAGCAUUUUCGGCAGUUCGGCAUUCUUUGGUAGUUUAGCCACAUUAGACUAAAAGUUGAUCAGUGUUAAACAAUAACAGUAAAAUUAAUCUUUAGUAAAUACGAUCCAGGCUACGCACACUCAACAACUCCAAACCUGCUAGUUUAGUAGUGCAGAUUCAGGCCCAGAAGUAAAAGCAGAAAGCGGACUGUUGGAUUUUUAUGUUGUUAUAUCUGAAAAGGAGCAGCUGCUCACAGAUGUUUUCAACUUUAACCGAUAAUAAUAGGGAAAUGAUUCAAGUGACAUCUAAGAAAAUGAAGAUGACCGUUUUCGAAAAUGCUACCCAGGAGGUUAUAUGCGUGUUGAUAAUUUCCCAUUUUUGUGAUCUUAUAUAUCAAAACUUGUAUGCAUAAUGUUUGCAGUUGGUAUGUGGUAUGAAACUGGUGAACAGCUCAAGUUUAUGGCUGAGAAAUGUUCAUUUUUUUAGGCAGCAGAGGGCAGCAGUGCUCUUCCAGUGAUUUGUUAUGGGUUAUAAAAAGCAUGGAAACAGCCCCAGGUUUAUCUGUCGUAUUCAGUCACAUUAUUGUUUUCCUCUCUUUUCGUUUUUAUGAUUGUAUGCUGACCACAGGUACACUGCAGGUGUGUCAGCUGUCCCUCCCCUGUAAUGUGAGUGCUUUCCAGAGCUUUGAUAACCCAGCUUUUAAUGUCCAAGCAUAACCCUUUUCCCUCUGUUUUAAUUUGAAAAGCACUUAAGUUGUGGCUCACUGCUCCUUUUGUUUUUCUUCUUCCUGUCUGUGCAAGUGUUGGGGAGCUGGAGUAUCUCCCUCCCUGGAGAUCUGACUUCAAUAUAUUGAGUGCGAGAACAGAUCAUUUAAUCAUUAGCACUCUUUAUACUGACGUCAGCCUCUGUAGAAAUCCUCCCUUGGCAAAACUCAGACAUGUGAAUGGUAUGUGUGUUUGUUUUGCUGUGAAGGGCCAAUUUGUAUACAUAUGAAUAUAUCAAUAUACAUAUUUUUUAAAGCAUUUUUGUAUGUUUCAAAGCUGCUUUUUAAUGUGUGUGUAUCAUGGAGGACUUCGUUGUUGUACGCGUGCAUUACAAGCCUACGCUACGAGAGGCACAAUGUUGUAUAUCCUGUCUUUUCUUUUUCUCCUGUUUUCUCUUCCAUUCAUUCUCUCUCAGUAGGCUGUAACACUUAACUUUGUUUUCUAGAUUUGUAAAUGUUUUCUCCUUUUUUUUUUCUGUGCAAAUGAAAAACUGUUAAAUGUGUCUACAAACACAGUCUCAUUUCAAAAUACCCGGGACAAAAAAACAAACAAAAAAAAAAAAGAUGUAAACAAGCAACUGUGUACUCUGAGAAUGAAUCAACCUUUUAGCAGUAAGGAAGCGUCUCUGGUGCCUUACAAAUAAAAGAUGUGAUUGAGA